GUUGGAAACGGACCCUCACCAGUUUCCGUAGAGCCGCCUCCUUCUGCCUAAUCUACUUCCGCAGUUGUGACCUUUUGUUUACGGUCUGUCACGUCAAAAUAGACAUGACUGUUUUUUUGCUUUAAACUCAUGCGCUUACGCCGUCUCUACUGACAUAAAAUUCUAACUGCAAACAAUCAUCAAACAUGAUUUGCAACAAAGUGGACAGUCGACGACGCCGUGGUUCGGAGAACGAAUGGAGGCGACAACAAGUAAGCUAGCUAGUUAGCUUCCCCUGCAGUCUCUCAGCAGUUGGCCCGGCUUUCGGGCGAGAGGAUCGACUAAGCUGGAGCCACUCCACCGGCUGUGAGGACAACACUUUCCCCUGUCGCAUAAGCUAAAACAGUUCCACUACAAUGGCCUCCGGCUUUCUCAAUGCGGAUGAGGCGUCCCCGGCGAGCCUGACGGACCUGUGCCUCACCUUCGUGAGCCAGAAUCUGGAGUGCAUAUGCGUGAAGCGCGCCGACGGGUCACUGUGCUUCCGGGAGUCCGUGCUCUUCCCGCAGGAGCUCGCGGACCAGCUGCUGGCCAAAAUGGCAACCGAGGGUCUGCUGAAUGAUAGCACAGUGGGCGUGUUCCGCAACUGCGAGUACCUGCGGCUGAGGCGGGCGUGCAUCCGCACGGCGCGCAUAUCUGCCGAGGCCUUCCAGCGAGCCCUCUGUCCUCACAGGCUGUCCGAGCUGGACGCGGCCCGGGUCAAUGCUGACCUGACCAUCCCCGACAUUUUGCAUGGGCUGGCCACCAAUAAAUAUUGUCAGGAGUCCCUCCAGCGACUGGUGCUGACGGGGCUCACCAUGUCCUCCCUGGAGGAGCCGAGCCGCCACGGUUUCAGCGCCCUGCAAGGCCUGCGCUCGCUCUCCCUGGCCAACGUGGACUUUUACGACUCUGGUCUGGCCGACGUGUGCGCCCUGCCGCGACUGGAGAGCCUGGAUCUGUCCAAUACAUCGGUCACUAACCUGAACCCGCUGCUGGGCCUGAAGGAGAGGCUGCGCUCGCUCACGCUGCAUCAGCUGAAGAGGCUGGAGAUGAGCAGCGCGCAGCUGCUAGCGGUCAUUGGCCAGCUGGAUGUGUUGCAGCAUCUGGAUAUCAGCGAUGACAAACAGUUCACCUCCGACGUUGCCCGUCAGCUGCUUGGACAACCCGGUAUACUUCCCGCUCUUGUUUCGCUGGAUGUGUCGGGAAGGAAACAGGUAACAGAUGCGGCUGUGAAGGCAUUUGUGGACGAGAGACCGCAAAUGACAUUUGUUGGACUUCUGGCCACAGAUGCUGGGUUUUCUGAAUUCCUCUCUGGAGAUGGAAACCUGAAAGUGACGGGGGAAGCUAACGAAACGCAGAUCUGCGAGGCGCUGCGGCGCUACAGCGAGCGGGAGGGCUUUGUCAGAGAGGCGCUCUUUCACCUCUUCAGCCUCACGCACGUCAUGGAGAAGCCUCGGCCCGACAUUUUAAAGCUGGUAGUCCUCGGCAUGAAGAACCACCAGGCCACGCUCAACGUCCAGCUGGCGGCCAGCGCCUGCGUCUUCAACCUGACCAAGCAGGACCUGGCGGCAGGGAUGCCGGUCCGCCUGCUCAGUACAGUCACUCAGCUCCUGCUGGAGGCCAUGAGGACAUUCCCCAACCACCAGCAGUUGCAGAAGAACUGCCUGCUGUCUCUCUGCAGCGACCGCAUUUUACAAGAGGUGCCGUUUAACAGGUUUGAGGCCGCUAAACUGGUCAUGCAAUGGCUCUGCAAUCACGAGGACCAGAAUAUGCAGAGGAUGGCUGUCGCUAUCAUUUCCAUACUGGCUGCUAAGUUGUCCACAGAGCAAACAGCUCAGCUGGGAGCAGAGUUGUUCAUAGUGAAGCAACUGCUCCACAUUGUGCGUCAGAAGGCCACUCAGGGCAUUGUGGACGCCACCCUCAAAUUCACCCUGAGCGCCCUCUGGAACCUCACCGACGAGUCGCCAACAACUUGCCGCCAUUUUAUUGAGAACCAAGGACUCGACCUGUUCAUUAAGGUUCUAGAGUCCUUCCCUAACGAGUCGUCCAUUCAGCAAAAAGUCCUCGGCCUCUUGGUGAGCAACUUGUAUUAUAUUCAGGUGUCAAACGAUGAACAAUACCUUGUCCUGUGCCAGAACAACAUAGCGGAGGUGGGUGAGCUGCAUUGCGAACUGAUGGUACACACCUUCCUGGACCACAUCAGGACUCUGCUGCACAGCCCCGAGGUGGAGGUGAGCUACUUCGCCGCCGGCAUCCUGGCGCACCUGACGUCACGGGGAAAGGACGCUUGGACACUCGGACCUGAGCUCAGGUCCUCCCUGCUGGAGCAGCUGCAUGACGUCAUCAUGAAGUGGCCUGCGCCUGACUGCGAGAUGGUGGCAUACAGGUCGUUUAAUCCCUUCUUUCCCCUGCUGGAAUGCUUCCACACGCCAGGAGUCCAGCUGUGGGCUGCGUGGGCCAUGCAACAUGUCUGCAGCAAGAACGCCGGGCGCUAUUGCAGUAUGCUGUUGGAGGAAGGCGGCCUACAGCAGCUGGAACGGGUGCACGCCAACCCGCAAACACACCCGGAUGUUGGCCAGCUGACGGAGAGCAUAUUGGAAAGCCUGGAACGCCACCGGGCGCGCACAGGCCAGCCCACCACUGCCCGCCCGCCACCUUAUCAUUAAACUUCACCAGGGUACUCAACCCCGCAAGACCCAAGUGAAUCUCUCUUAUGUAAAAAUGAAUGGACGGAGAAUGCGCAGUGUUUUGCACACGUACCUUAUUUAUAUUACACACGAAUGUUUCAAGUAUGCUACAAAGUCGAUGAGAUUUUGUUCUUGUUGAAUGAGCUGGAGCAUGCCGCAAUGUUACUCAAGUGCUGUCAAAUGAGAACACAAAAGAAUAUGAAACACAGGUGAAAAUAUGUAUUGCGAGCUACACAGAAUGACAUAAGCGUAAAUGUGGUGGGUAUGGUUUAGUGGCAGUGUAAAGUACGAAUACUCCAGAGAAUAAUUUGUAAUUUUACGAGAAAAAAA